AUUCAAGCCUACACUUUCUCAACAUUCAUCCAGUCUUCAUCAUCGAUUAGGUGGACCAAGCUCCUCAGCAACCAUUCUCCUCUCCUCUAUACUCUCUCCUUAUUGAGCAUUGUAUCAACACCCCAUAACCACACUCUUCAUCCUUCUUUACUCCCUUCUCCCUCUCCCAACACUCUCUCUUCUGUCUUUCAUCGUAUCCCAAUUCUCUCCAAAUCACCACACUCUCUAUUUCAUGGCAUUAAGCACUCUUUCUCUCCUUCUCUUUCCAUCCCUUCUUCCUCUUUCAAGUCUUCCAUUUCUGCCAAGGUCGAGAAAGGUUUAGUGCCUCCAAUAUUCACGUUGAAAGAGCAAGAUGGGAAAAAUUUUAGCCUUUCCUUGAUAAAAGGAAACCUGUUGUCGUCUAUUUUUACCCUGCCGAUGAGAUCCCUAUCUGUACCAAGCAGGUGAUUGCUUUAAAAGCCUUUGUUUACCAGCUUUAAAACUGAGUCCAUGUUGUGUCGUAUCCGUAUUCCGUGUUUUGCGCUGAAAAGCAGUACUUUUUUAGGCAUGUGCUUUUUGAGAUUCUUACGACAAAUUUAAGAAAUUUGGAGCUUGAGUUAGA